AUGGCAUAUCCCAUAUCGAGGCAAGAGACUCGAAAGUCAGGCGCAUCAAGACCUGGUUCGUCACCCGGGCUAAAUCGAUGUUUAUCUGGAAAUCACCUCGAUGAUACCUCAUAUUACACUGGACAUCCUGGCACAUCUCAGGAGGCAACAGACCAAGACAUCGAACACAAUCCCAUAGUCGCCGAAGAGAAAAUCGGACAGGACGACGUCAAUUCGGAGGAUUUAGAUACCGAUGGUGAUUCAAGCAUAUCACCAGAAGUCAUAGAUGGAGUUGAGGUUGAGAGAGAUAUCGAAGCUGGGCCAAAACUGGGGCGUGAAAAGAGCUCGAAAAGUGUGAGGGAUUUAAAUUUGGUUGCUUGGGAAGGACCGGACGAUCCAGAGAACCCUAAGAAUUGGAAGAAUGGACGUAAAUGGGCUGCCACAUUGGUUGUAUCCAGCUUCACAUUUAUAAGCCCGGUUUCAAGCAGCAUGGUGGCACCGGCUCUAGUUGCGAUCAGUGCGGAUUUACAUAUUGUGAAUUCCAUAGAGCAAAGUUUGGUAUUAUCCAUUUUCGUUCUGGCUUAUGCGAUUGGUAACUACAUUCCAUUGUCCCAUCUAUUGGCAGACGUUAACACUAAAAUAGGUCCAUUGUUUCUCGGACCCCUAAGUGAAAUGUUUGGAAGAGUCGUUGUAUUGCAAAUAAGCAAUCUCGUAUACUUAUUUUUCAAUCUUGGGUGUGGUUUGGCGCAAACCAAAGGACAACUGAUUGCUUUCAGAUUUCUUGCCGGUCUAGGUGGCUCUGCACCUUUGGCUCUUGGAGGUGGAGUGCUUAGUGAUUUAUUCAAUGCUGAAGAGCGUGGUAAAGCCAUUUCUAUAUACUCUCUCGCCCCUCUACUCGGACCAGCCAUUGGACCAAUCGCAGGCGGUUUUAUAGUCGAAAAUACAACCUGGAGAUGGGCUUUUCAUGCCACGACUAUAGCAGACGCACUCAUUCAACUCGUAGGAUUAUUCUUCCUCCAAGAAACAUUUGCACCUGUUUUACUCGGACGUAAGAAGAACAAGCUUAUCAAGGAGACCGGUAAUCAGGCUCUUCACACAGAAUGGGAUGUCCCAGACCGAACUAUUGCAAAGGCCCUCAAGAUUUCCCUGACGAGACCAUUUAAACUCCUAGGUACACAGGUCAUCAUCCAAGUCUUGGCAUUGUAUAUGGCCUACCUCUAUGGUAUAAUGUAUCUCGUACUCUCUACAUUUCCAGGACUAUGGGAGGGCACAUAUCAUGAAACUGUAGGGAUAGGCGGGCUCAACUAUCUCUCGUUAGGCAUUGGAUUCUUUCUGGGUACACAAAUUUGCGCCCCUUGCCAAGAUAGGAUUUACCGAGCCUUAAAAGCACGUAACAAUGGAGUCGGAAAGCCCGAAUUCCGAGUCCCUCUGAUGAUUCCUGGUGCUUUACUCGUGCCGAUCGGUCUCUUCUGGUAUGGAUGGUCGGCUCAGGCUCAAUCGCAUUGGAUUAUGCCAAACAUCGGAGCGGCAAUCUUUGCAGCAGGAACCAUCAUCGGUUUUCAGUGCAUCCAAACGUAUAUUGUCGACUCCUACACCAAAUAUGCUGCAAGUGCUGUAGGUGCAGCGACCGUUAUGAGAAGUUUGGCGGGUUUUGGAUUUCCAUUGUUCGCGCCAUACUUGUACGCAGCGUUAGAUUAUGGGUGGGGCAAUAGUUUGCUUGGAUUCAUUGCGAUUGGGUUGGGAUGGCCGGCCCCCAUAUUGUUAUGGUUGUAUGGCGAAAAACUUCGCGCGAGGAGUACAUUUGCAGCUGGAUAA